AUGAGCAGUAGUGGAGGUAUACUUAAGAGAAUAAGUGAAAUGUUUCACGAGUCUAAGGCCAGACCAGAAUCAUCUGUAAGUCAUACAUAUAUACCAAAACCUAAUGAAGAUAUGCUAUUCGAUCUUCCAAAUCUCAAAGAAAAUCUGAAAACGGACACACAAUUAGAUACCAAAUCGCAUAUAUGUUAUUAUCCGCAUGGAACGUUCAUCAAGAAAGUGGAAGUAGAGAAAUUAAAAGAGCCAUAUUUAUAUGUUGACGAUUUUCUUGCAUUGAAAAACCGCAUUAGUAUAGAACAUGUUGAAGAAAUUACUAAAGCCAUUACAGCAUCGGAACCGGAAUCCCAUUCACAAUCACUCACACAACUACAACCAAAAGAUACUUUGCUUAAGCCGACUGUUACAAAAAAUGAAAAUGCUAUCAAGAAGAGAACUAAACGUCUUACUGAAGCUACUAUUAAAAAGAUGAUCAAUUUUGAUAACCAAUUUGUUAAGUCCAAUAUGAAGACAUCACUUUCAACAAGAAUCCGUAUGUAUUAA